CAAACAAUAUUAAAACGUAUAUGAUUGGAGCGCAGCACAUGAAAGCAACUGCUUUUGAAUUUGGGUAUGAUAUGCUAAGCCUUUUCAAACCCUCGUUGCAAGGGUUUCGCUCUCAGUUGCGCUCAAUAAAUUCGCCAACUCUCCCGAGUUUUUCUUUCGACCAGACAGCGUUUCUUCGAAUCAGCAGAGCGCAGUUAAAUCCUCUUCAGGCUUAAUAGUUGAAAGCAAAGGCACACUGGCUAUUGUAGCAUCACUUUUAUGCAGAGCGAUGUCCUAAGCUGGAUCUGAUAAAAGUAUGCAAAUAUUCUUAGAUAUUAGUGAAAUUGUAGGGCAUCGUGGACACCAGGCUUCAUUGAACCAGUUAAGAUCACGGUAAAUGUUGACUUGUAGUGAUAAAAGAGAGAGGGAAGAUUGGUAGAAGAGAAAAAUGGAAGUUCAAACAUGUGGAAAAUCUAUUGAUUCUUUGCUUGAAAAAGUUCUUUGCAUGAACAUCCUGUCUUCGGAUUACUUCAAGGAGCUAUAUAGGUUGAAGACCUAUCAUGAAGUUAUUGAUGAGAUCUAUAAUCAGGUUGAUCAUGUAGAACCAUGGAUGACAGGGAAUUGUAGGGGUCCUUCAACAGCCUUUUGCCUUCUUUACAAAUUUUUUACUAUGAAGCUGACAGUGAAGCAAAUGCAUGGGCUACUCAAACAUGAAGAUUCUCCAUAUAUCAGAGCUGUUGGCUUUCUCUACCUGCGUUAUGUUGCAGAUCCAAAGACAUUGUGGACUUGGUUUGAGCCAUAUGUUAAAGAUGAGGAGGAUUUUUCACCAGGAUCAAAUGGACGAAUGACCACAAUGGGUGUUUAUACCCGUGAUCUACUUCUAGGCCAGUACUAUUUUGAUACACUCUUCCCCCGUAUACCAGUACCUAUCAUGCGACAAAUUACUGCUAAUUUGGAAAGAAUGAACCUUCCUACUCGGCUUUCAGGAGUGACUGGUGAUGCAACUCGCCAUGGUUCAGAUGAUACUGCUCGGAGGCCACCUUCAGUGAAAGCAGCUUUAUCUGUAUCCUUUGGCCAGCGUGCACCGCAUCGGGCUUCUACUCGAGAUUCCUCACCUGUCCGCCGAACAUUGCCUCGUGAAAGGAAUGAAAGUGAUGAUAUUCCAAAAUCUUCAAAUGGUGAUCGAUAUCGGGAUGCAGAUAGGGAGAGAGACAGAGAUAGAGAAAGAGAAAGAAAAAGAGAAAGGGACAGGGAUGAACAAAUAAGAAACAGAGAUAGGGAACGUGACAGGGAAAGGAGCAGGGAUUAUGAUAGGGAUAGGGAUAGGAAUAGGGAUCAUGAUGCAGAAAAGAGCAGGGAUAAGGAACAUGACAGGGAGAGAAGAAGAGACCAUGAUAGGGAAAGGAGCAGGGAUAGGGAACGCGAUAGGGAAAGGAACAGAGAUCAUGAUAGGGAUGAAAGAAGCAGAAGAAGCAGGGAUACGGAGCACGUUAGGGAUAAGAGCAGAGAUUAUGACAGAGAGCGUGAUAUGGAAAGGAGCAGGGAGCAUGAGCGGCAUAGCAGGGAGAGAAGUAGGGAUUAUGAUAGAAAUGGUAGAGACAGAGGCAGAGACAGGAUCAACUCUAGAGACAGGGACCAUGAUGCUAGGGAUAAUGAUAGGCCAAGGAUUGAGAGGUCACCUCGUGAGAGGGAUUCUCACAGGAGCCGAAGUCGAAGUCCACAGAGAGGACAGAGAAGUAUCAGUGCUGAUCAGCAGCUAAGUCCUCUGAAGGAAACAACCAAAGAGAAGACUGCUUUACCCAGUAAUCUCACCAAGCUCCGUGAUUUAUAUGGUGAUUCAAGUGCUAAAAAAGGUGACAAUGACAAUAUUUACCCUCCAAAGGAUUCCAGCAGUGAAGAUGUGAUCCGCCUUGGUGGUACCACAUGGAGGUAGCUACAAGUGAUUGGAUGAAGUUUCCACAGAGACCUAUUUAUGAAGAAAAUUUAAGGAGUUUCUGUGGUAGCUGUAUUUUGAUUUGUAAAAUUGAAAGGUCCAAAUGCCUGCAAAUUUGUUUUGAUUGCUUGAUGAACCUGGGUAAUGCACGUGGAGAUUACUGUUUGAUAAUAUAUUUGAUCUAAAUCGUUAGGUACAAUUGCCUUCUUUGAUUCAAUUUAAUUUUCGGUCAACUUGAAUAAAUGGCUCAAAUUUUUCAA